AUGCUCUGCGAUCUCUGCCAAGGGUUGUCAAUCAGCCAGCUAGUCAAGCUGGCAGAGACCGAACUUUCCGGCCACGACUUUCCCCAACAAGCGUUCUAUCAGCACCACAGCUCUUACGAAAAGCUCAAAUGCGCCGCUCAAAAUGGAUGCGAGCUAUGCCAGCUUCUACUGCACGGGUUUGAGAACAUUGCUGUGCGGGAAGGUUACUGGGAAGGAGAGACGAGGAGUUCUGCAAUCGAGGACCUUGAGUCAUCGGAUAUUAAAAUCUGUAUCAACUCGGAACACAUCUAUAGUGGAGAUAGGAUUGAAAAUGUCCGGAUAUCCUCUAAAGAAGAACCAAAAAGCGUCGGGAAGUAUAAAAUUGGGCGUGAUCAGCUUGAUCCUGACCUUGCAUCGGACGUCAAUAUGCGCCUCGCAAGGAAUUGGCUUGACGAAUGUCAUCAAAGGCACGCCUCCUGUCCGGCGGAACAGAUUCCAGUGCUACCUAGCAGAGUAGUCGAUGUCGGGGUAUCUAAAGACGCCCAAUUCUGCAGAAUCCUAGUCUCAAAUGGAAGGACCGGCAAGUACGUUGCCCUCAGUCACUGCUGGGGAGGACCGAUUUCACCUCUAUUAAAUACAGCUACCCUACCCGGCUUUCAAGAAGCCCUUGCAAUCUCAGACUUACCAGCCAACUUUCGCGACGCAGUAUUAGUUACGCGGAACCUCGGAAUGCAGUACUUGUGGAUUGAUUCUCUUUGUAUUAUCCAGGAUUCUAGUCGGGAUUGGGAAGUGGAAUCCGGGAACAUGUGCUCCAUCUACCAAAACGCAACCGUGACCAUAUCAGCAUCCGCAUCACGCGGAAGCAAAGACGGCUUCUUGAAAUGUACGACGAGCCAGUUUCAAGCGGGGAACCCAGUAUCCCUACGUCUAUCCCCGACCAGCGCUCCAGAAGAUGUAGUAAGUGUUGCUUUGAAAGACGAAGACGAAGAAGACCUCACGCGCCUCGUUCUAAGCGGGCCCUUGAACCAACGCGGCUGGACUCUACAAGAGGGUUUAUUGUCUUCCCGAAUCCUGUACUACGGCAGUAGGCAGAUAUACUGGCAAUGUCCGGCGGGCUUGCAGUCUGCCGAAGGUGUGCCGUCCGGGAACCAGAUGCCCGAAUCCAGCUAUCCCGAGACCUCGCACCUUCUGUAUUCGCAGCACCAACCCAAUCGGGCUCGAGAAAUAAACAGAGCCCAGCUCCUCACGGAGUACUAUACACUAGUGCAAGAAUACUCCGCCCGAAGCCUCAGUUUCAACUGCGACAAGUUCCCUGCCUUCGCAGGCAUAGUGCAGCUUCUACGCCCAGCUAUCGGCGGUGAGUACCUGGCCGGUAUCUGGAGCACAGAUGUACGUCGCGGUUUGCUGUGGCGCGCUGAAAUGGAGACCUGUGCACAUGUGCACGAAUACCGCGCUCCGUCUUGGUCCUGGGCUGUGACUAACGAACCGAUUAUCUUUGACUUUGCAGACAGUACCGUGCCAAGUCCCUACGACGUUGAAACAAUCUCCCACGAGAUGACUUUCAAGAGCCACGGAAACUUAUAUGGACAGGUUGAUGCGGCACGGCUUUGCCUGAGAGGCUUGACUAAGAAACUAGUGCGCAGUAACCAGAAACUCGACAUCUCAUAUCCCGACCACGAAAUCGCAACUGUGUACUUCGAUGAACCGGAACCGGGCAGAGAUAUCGAAGUAUGGUCUAGUGUCUUCCGGGUGUUUGAAGGCGAGGAUGACCAUCUGAUUUCGGUGAUCAACGGGCGUGGAUUCGAGGGAAAGGAAUGGGAGAUAGACUUUGAUCUAUGUUCUGAGAUCGAGUACCUGGUUCUUCUGAUAACGGCAGACGUGGAUACUGAAAACACUGGCUUGUUCAACACGAGCUGUUUGGUGCUGGCAAAAGUGGCCGAGCAGCCCGGUGAUGUAUACAUGCGCGUUGGUUAUCUCAAUCUACACGCUGUAAAGCUGGAGAGCUGGACGAAGUCCUGGGAACGUCAAGCUUUGACAAUUGUUUGA